CAAAUAUAUUCAAUUCCAUGGGUGAAUUUUCCACUAGGAGAAGGUUUGGUUUUUGGCUGUACCGCCUGGCAUUCCCGUGCAUGCGGCAUGUCAGUCCAGUCAAUGUCAAUCGGUGAGGCACAUAGAAUCUGAUAGGGAGCCCAAGUGCUUGGUCUAUUAGCCCCAACCUUGGGAGCCUCGCUCCCCCAUCCCUGUAAAACCCCCGUCGACCAGCGAAAGCCCACCGGGAGCGGCAAGCCGGUAUGUACGGUAAGGCGAAUUGGAGAUGCAGGAGCUUAGAAGGACCGAAAUUUUUAGUGGAAAGGUGGAUCCAUACUAAAUAACGAAGCAGAGGGUUUUCUUGAAUCACGACAGCCAUCACUAUGGUGUCGGGGGGGGGGAGAAAUCACCGGAUGAUGGAUAUCCGUAUGAAUGUUUAUGGCACGGGGCAGGAUUGGGAUAAGAUCAGGCAGAACCCCGUAACCACGAAUUAGGUUAAAGACAGAGCGGGUUUUGGUCAAGGCGGAGUACGGGCAUCGCGACUCCACCGGCUCCCGGGGGGUGGGGGUUAGGGAAAGGAAGAGAAAAUAAGCAACCUUGGCGAUCUACUGGUUGCCUUCCUCCACUGAGGUUGAUUGUGUGGUGUGGGAAGAAGGAAAAAAAAAAGGGCCAUUGAUUCACGAGGGUCGUUACAACUCGCCAUAGUACACCCUCUGCUCAUCACACUCCCGUUCCUCAGCCCAACGUCACAUUGCGUCUUCGCCCCCCCCAACCCGAGCCUUAGACACCUCUUGCCCUCUUCAUUCCGACCCACUAGCCUUCUUCUUCCUAGCUCCUCUCAACUCGACACAUUUGCUCCAACCUAAUACCUGGUUACCUUACCACUCCUCCACUACUCAUAACCAUUGCUCUCAGCGCUCUUCACCCUGGCUGCCACAAUCAAAGGCACGAUGGCUGACCAUGCGCCACCUCAAGAUAUCGACUACGAAUCUCUAGGCGGCGGGAGUUUAACGUCGAAUUUGGUCGCAGGAGCGUUUGCUGGUGUCAUGGAGCAUGUUGUGAUGUAUCCGGUCGAUGCUAUUAAGACUCGCAUGCAAAUUGUCAACCCUACUCCAGCGGCUAUGUAUACCGGAAUUACGAACGCAGUUGCUCAAAUAUCUUCUACUGAGGGAGUUCGCUCUUUGUGGAGAGGAAUCGCGAGUGUCGCUGUUGGUGCUGGUCCAGCACAUGCCGUCUAUUUUGGCACUUACGAAGCCGUAAAACAGAAGCUAGGGGGAAAUGUUGGAUCCGAACAUCAUCCCUUUGCAGUUGCUACGGCCGGGGCUUGCGCCACAAUUGCCAGCGAUGCCUUAAUGAACCCAUUCGAUGUCAUCAAACAGCGCAUGCAAGUGCAUGGCUCUACAUAUGAAUCCAUUACCCAUUGUGCUCGUUCAGUCUACCGCAAUGAAGGUUUCCGCGCCUUUUAUAUCUCUUACCCCACGACUUUGGCCAUGACUAUUCCAUUUACUGCGAUCCAAUUUACUGCGUACGAAAGCCUGGCUAAAGUUCUCAACCCCACUCGGAGAUAUGAUCCAUUUAGCCAUUGUCUCUCUGGCGGAAUGGCAGGAGCCGUGGCUGCGGCCAUGACUACACCUUUGGAUGUUAUAAAGACCCUCUUGCAGACUAGGGGCACAUCUCAUAAUAGCCGUAUUCGCAAUAGCAAAGGGCUAUUCGACGCGGCAAAGAUCAUCCAUGAGAGGGAAGGUUAUAGGGGGUUCUUUAAAGGACUCAGACCUCGCAUUGUUACUACUAUGCCGAGCACCGCGAUCUGUUGGACUUCAUACGAGAUGGCUAAAUACUACCUCCGCCUCAACUCGGUAUAAUCCCCCCCAGCACCAAAAAAAGUUUCCUCAAAAUACAUUACACGCGAUUCCAUUCUUUUUCUUUCUUUUUCCACUUUCCAUGAACGGUCUGUUUAUAAUUAGUUAUAGAAGCGGGAACAAUAAGGGUGUAUUAGGCGCACUGAAAACAGGGAGAUAGCUGUACAGAACCAAAAUAAAAAAAAAUCCGACGAUGAGGGCUGCUAUUUCAUUCCCCGGUCCUCUUCUCCGAUUCUUCAUGUGCCAAGCCAGUUCGGCGCAUACGGAAUUACGGGUAUUCUUUUUUAUAGCAAGCAGGGCCAUGAGAAGUGUUAGGAACUAUUAUUACUAUUGUUAUCCUCAGAAACUCAUUCCCAAUGAAGAUCAAAAUAAUACCCGCAGCUCAAAA